AUGAGAGAAACGCCACUGUCAAAUUGCGAAAAGGAGUUUAUCCUUAGUGCCAUAGCGGACAGGAAGAGACUAGAUGGGCGUCAAACUUUUGAUUACAGAAAGUUAAAGAUAUGUUUUGGAGUUGAUACAGGUUGUUGUAGUGUAGAGUUAGGCCAGACCAGGGUAUUAACACAGGUAUCAUGUGAAGUGACAGAACCCAAACAGACACGACCAACUGAUGGUAUUUUAUAUAUUAAUGUAGAGUUAUCUCCCAUGGCUAGUCCCAGUUUUGAAGCUGGAAGAUUAAGUGAUGAAGGAGUAGAGUUGACGAGGUUACUAGAAAGAUGUAUUAAAGAAUCACGCUGUCUUGAUACAGAAUCAUUGUGUGUUGUAGCUGGACAAAAGGUGUGGCAGAUUCGAGUUGAUAUCCAUGUAUUAAACCAUGAAGGUAAUAUAUUAGAUUGUGCCAGUAUAGCAGCCAUUACAGCUCUCGUACAUUUCAGACGACCUGAUGUCACUGUAUCAGGAGAGGACGUCACUAUACAUGCUCUAGAAGACAGAGAUCCCAUACCAUUAAGUGUUCAUCAUAUGCCUAUCUGUGUUUCUUUCGCUUUUUAUGAUCAAGGGAAAUAUUUACUGGUGGAUCCGAAGUUGAGAGAAGAGAAGGUGAUGGAUGGAAAGAUGGUAAUAGGGAUGAAUAAACAUCGUGAAAUCUGUACCUUACAAAUUACAGGAGAUAUGUUAUUACUGAAGGAACAGGUAUUACGAUGUUCUAAUAUAGCCGUGGUAAAAGUACAAGAAAUAACUGAAUUAAUUUUAUUAGCUGUAGACAAUGAUAAACGAGCCAGAAAAGAAGGAAAGAAAUUUGGUUUUGCUGAAUCUAUAGAAAAAGAGAAAAUAACAUCACAUCAUACAGAGAGUAUAGAUAUAGAUCUAGAUCAGUCAACAUCUCAAACAGUAGAAAAUGAGGAAGGUACAGGGGUCGUAGGUCAGGGUGGUAAAAAUUCCUGGUUGAUGGAAGAUGAUGAUGAAGAGGGAGAGGAAAUUAAACCAGAAACUCAGACAACAACAAAAUCUAAGAAGAAAAAAUUAAAUAAAGAAGAAGGUAUGAAUUUUUGA